CCCGGGCUGAAGGCGGUGGAAGUUGGAACACGCGCCGGGGGGGUUCCGAGGGAAAAAAAGGGGGUUUUCCUCCAGGGAUGGGAGCCCUUUGUGGGAGGGAUUCGGGGCCGCCGUUUGGGAUGUUGAUCCUUGAUGGGUUCUGCGCGGCUAUGUGCAGUGCACACACCGAGUAAGCGGCAUAGGAUUCGGGGGGGACUGACUGCUGUCUAAGUCACACUGUCCGUGCCUCUGAGCAGGCUGGCCCUUUACGUGCCGUGCAGUCCUGUCCUAAGCCGCAUCCUUAAUCGGACAGUAACGCGGAGUUCAGUAGAACUUGCUUCCUAAGGCAGGGCGCUUAAGAUCGAAGCCUUAACACGACACACCCGCCAGUGCGGUGCUGAAUAACCAACAGAGCACAGACAGACACGAUACAGUUACUUAGCUCCUUGCCCCCCCCCCCCCCCGCGACAGCUGGAGCUCAACUUCUUAAUAAGCCUGCCAGGGAGGAUGGGCAUCGAUCCCAAACGCAAAAUGGCCGAGGUGGCAACACACGCAGUCAUGUGGCCACGCGCUUUCCCUGUCUGUCAUUCUUCUGCGGCUGCGCAUAACAGGGUGGCCCGGCCUGUUUUGUUUGGGUGUGCAAGGUCCUCGUUCCUUCCACCUCUAAAUAGUGAAAAGGGGUUUAUGGACUCCUCUACCGCUGAGCAGUAAGUUUAGGGUCGGGGCCAGAACAGAAAAAGGAGGAGGACGCGCCGUGGCUGACAGGGAGUAGCCCUCUCCCUUGCUGUCAGCAUGCCUGCUGUGGCUCCGAUUAUCAGUUCGGUGCAGAAGCUGGUGCUGUACGAGACUAGAGCUCGGUAUUUUCUUGUUGGAAGCAAUCAUGCAGAAACCAAAUAUCGUGUCUUGAAAAUUGAUCGCACAGAACCAAAGGAUUUAGUUGUCAUUGAUGACAGGCAUGUUUAUACUCAGCAAGAGGUGAGAGAGCUGCUUGGCCGCUUAGAUCUGGGCAACAGGACAAAAAUGGGACAGAAGGGUUCCUCUGGAUUAUCACGGGCAGUCUCUGCUUUUGGUAUAGUAGGUUUUGUCAGAUUUUUAGAAGGUUACUACAUUGUGCUAAUUACAAAGAGAAGAAAGAUGGCAGAUAUUGGAGGACAUGCAGUAUAUAAAAUAGAAGAUACAACUAUGAUCUACAUUCCGAAUGACUCUGUACGAGUGACCCAUCCUGAUGAAGCAAGAUAUCAUCGAAUUUUUCAAAAUGUGGACCUGUCUAGUAACUUUUAUUUCAGCUACAGCUAUGAUCUGUCCCACUCUCUUCAGUAUAAUCUUACUGUUCUGAGGAUGCCUCUUGAAAUGCUUAAGACAGAAACAACUCGAACUCGGCAGGAGAGCUUUGAUAUUUUUGAAGAUGAGGGACUUGCAGCGCAGGGUAGAAGUGGUGUAUUUGGAGUUUGCAGUGAACCUUAUAGAAAAUAUGUGUGGAACGGCAAACUGCUGGAUAUAAUCAAAACUUCUGUUCAUCGAGAUUGGCUCUUGUACAUUAUUCAUGGAUUUUGUGGGCAGUCGAAACUUCUCAUUUAUGGUCGUCCAGUAUAUGUCACUCUGAUAGCUAGAAGAUCAAGUAAAUUUGCUGGAACACGGUUUCUAAAGAGAGGAGCAAACUGUGAGGGAGAUGUAGCUAAUGAAGUAGAAACUGAACAAAUACUCUAUGAUGCUUCAGUGAUAUCAUUUUCUGCUGGGAGCUAUUCAUCUUACGUGCAAGUGCGGGGCUCUGUCCCUCUAUAUUGGUCUCAGGAUAUUUCAACUAUGAUGCCUAAGCCACCAAUUACAUUGGACCAAGCAGACCCAUUUGCGCAUGUAGCUGCACUGCACUUUGAUCAAAUGCUCCAGAGAUUUGGUUCCCCCAUCAUCAUUUUGAAUCUUGUAAAGGAGCGUGAAAAAAGAAAACACGAAAGGAUAUUGAGUGAAGAACUUGUUGCUGCUGUGACCUACCUUAAUCAAUUUUUACCUCCUGAACAUGCAAUUGUGUAUAUUCCUUGGGAUAUGGCCAAAUACACAAAAAGCAAACUGUGUAAUGUCCUUGACAGACUGAAUGUGAUUGCAGAGAAUGUGGUGAAGAAAACUGGCUUUUUUGUAAAUCGUCCUGAUUCCUACUGCAGUGUCUUGCGCCCAGAUGAAAAGUGGAAUGAGCUGGGUGGAUGUGUGGUGCCCACUGGCCGAUUACAGACUGGAAUUCUUCGAACUAAUUGUGUAGACUGUUUGGAUCGCACAAACACAGCCCAGUUUAUGGUUGGGAAAUGUGCUUUGGCCUAUCAGCUUUAUUCAUUAGGGUUGAUUGAUAAACCCAAUCUACUGUUUGACACGGAUGCAGUUAGAUUAUUUGAAGAACUGUAUGAAGAUCAUGGGGAUACACUCUCACUCCAAUAUGGUGGUUCUCAACUUGUCCAUCGAGUAAAAACCUACAGAAAGAUAGCACCUUGGACCCAGCAUUCUAAAGAUAUUAUGCAAACUCUUUCAAGAUACUACAGUAAUGCUUUCUCGGAUGCUGACAGGCAAGAUUCAAUUAAUCUUUUUCUGGGAGUAUUUCAGCCUGAAGAAGGGAAGCCUCAUCUCUGGGAACUGCCUACUGAUUUUUACCUGCAUCAAAAGGACACAAUGACUUUUGUCCAGCCAAGACGGAGCUACACUUUCUGGUGGACACCAGGUGUAUUAAAAAACUUGCCAAUGCCUUAUGAUGAAGUGACAUGCGCUGAAAACAGAAGAAAGUUGAUGGUGAAGAGAUUUCAUAAGUUUGAUGAAGAGAUUGACAUUCAUAAUGAAUUUUUUCGACCUUAUGAAAUCAGUAGUUUUGAUGACACCUUUUGCUUGGCAAUGACAAAUUCAAUACGAGAUUUUAUGCCCAAAAAUGUUGGUAUUGAUCCCAGCCCUUUCACUGUCCGUAAACCUGAUGAAACUGGAAAAUCUGUUUUGGGGAACAAAAGCAACCGAGAGGAAACUGUGCUGCAGCGUAAAACAGCUGCUAGUGCUCCACCACCACCAAGUGAGGAGGCAGUGUCGAGCAGUUCUGAGGAUGAUUCUGGGACUGAUAAAGAAGAUGAGGGUGCAGUGUCUCAGCGUUCAACACCAGUGAAGAUGACAGAUACAGGAGAUAAUUCCAAAACAGAAAAUGCAGUACAACUUAUAAAAGAUGUAUAUGGUAUUAAUCUCUCAGAAGCGCCUUCAGAAGAUGAUCUGAGCAUAUACACAAGGUUUGUUCAAUUGGGACAGAGUCAACACAAGCAAGACAGGAGUCACCAACCACUUUGUUCUAAACACUUGGAUGGAGUUAUACAUUUAACACACAUCUCUGCUUUCUCCCAAGACAAUAUUUAUGAAGUCCAGCCUCCUAAAGUAGACAGAAAAUCCAUUGAAAUCUUUCAUGCUCAUAUCCAGGCUGCCAAGGGUAUCAUGCAGCCAUUGGGCAAAGACGACAUCCUCCUGUACAGAGAAUACAUUAAAAACAGAUACAUGUGAAAAAGGACUGUGCACAACUCUUCUGAGUUCUGAAUCAAUGGAUCCCAAAAAUCUCUUGAAUGAGGAGUCAGUGAGAAAGCACCACAUAUGUCUCUGCUGUGUGUUCCCCCACGCUCCAUAUGUCAGAUAGCAUAAUCUAACAUGGCUUUGCAUUACUAAAUAGGAAUUCUUGUUUGAGAAUUGUGUAACAUAAAAAAGUCUUUGAAGGCAAGUGCGUAUGUAAAUUGUUCACAUUUUUUUUUAAAUUUAUGUAUAUAACAUGGUUCAAGUUACAUAUACUGAAGAAAAGGAAAACACUCCCAAUACUAGUUUUCUACACUGUGGAGGUUUUUGCCCCAGCUUGAGUUUAUGUGUUUACUGUGUGACCACAAAUCAUGUGUGUUUUAGUCAGACUGAUUGAAGAAAAAUAACGCAUUCAAGAUGCAUCAAUUCGUGAUGUUCAUAGGUCAUGCUCUGAAGCCAAGUUUUAUUGGUCUAGUGAGGGUUUCUGAGUAGCAGGAAAGGAAGUGUCAACAGGCUACGUAAUCAUACCAAGAAUCUGAAACUGCAGUUGGCUCUUGUUCUAUAUCUCCCUCUGUAGUUGCUGUGGGCAGAAUCCCAGCAUCAUCUCAGACAUUUAUUGUCUGCUGCAAAGUAACUUCUAGAAUGUUUCUGUUUGAGCUGAGUGUCAUGAAAUUUUUAUUUGCUAAAGUAGUCCUGUAUUUUGCUAUUAAGUAAUAAAAGAGAGAGUGUGUGUGCACAAUAUAUGUUCAAAUUGA